AUGAUUAUUGACACACGGGGUUGCCGUCUGGAUGUCAAAAACAACCUCGAUCGGACAGCUCUUCACUUGGCAGCUGCUCAAGGGUGCACCGAAGCCGUGACGCUAUUGGUUGAAAACCAUGCCCUAGUUGAUCUACCAGAUAAGCAUGGAAUGUCACCCAUGUUUUGGGCUGCCUACAAUGACCAUUUAGACAUUGUUAUCUACCUAAUUAGAAAAGGAGCAUCUGUCCAGCGAAAAACAAAGCGCGGAUUUACACUUCUCCACGUUCUUGCAAAGUCAGAUUCCAUUAAGACUCUCGAAGCUCUAGUCAGAAGCCAAGUUAUUUCCAAUUUCCAAGAACUGGAUCUGAAUAAUUAUACUCCACUCAUGAUAGCCACAAUAUCUGGCAGUCUACGAGCAACAACCGUUCUUUCCAGGAUUGGUUAUCUGGAAUCCCAUUUGGACACAAAUAAGAAAAAUGUCUUCCAUCUUGCCGUACUCAGUGAUUGUCCACUUGUAUUGGAACAACUCUGUAAACACGAGGAAAUGCCAAAACUGAUCAAUGCCUUCGAUGACGAACUUAUGGCUCCAAUUCACUACGCCGUCGACUUGGAUGACAUUGAGAGUACACAGAUCCUUCUGAAAAAUCAAGCAAAAGUGAACAUCAAAUCAAAAGUUCUUAAUAUUACUUUUCCAUUGUUGGUCUCAGGUUUGGAAGAGAUCAUGAAGGGUGAUGUUAUGGCUUAA